AUGGCAGAGAUGCGUCUGAUGACCCCCGCGGUGGCCAUGGCCAGCACCACCCUGCCUGUCCUAGCACCGGGCAGCUCCUGCCUGCCUCCGGGCCCCUGCCCCCUGCCCUCCUCGCCCUGCUCCGUCACCUCCGUCACCUGCGGCGCCCCCAGCAUCAGCAGCCUGGCCUCCACUUGGGGUGUGGCCGCCUCCGCACCCAGCACGGCCCCCUGCGACAGCGCCUAUGGGAGCCCUGGGCCCAGCCCCGGUCCAGGAUACCCGGGGCGGGGCCUGGGCCCAGGCACUGGCGCUCGCACUGGCCCGGCAUUGGGUUUGGGUCAGCUGCCAGGUAUGGAAGCGCAGGACAUGGGUAGCCGGGUGCCGGGCAGGUACAGGUAUUGUAAUGGAUGGCACGUACAGGCGCUUGGUCGUGAAAAGGCCUCGUUGGCGGCCGACAACGCAGCUCUGCGGCAACAGGUGGAUCAGUUGGAGGAGCUGGUGGGGCUGCUGCUGGCGGAGAGGGAGAGGCCGCGGGGGCAGGGGGAGGGGGCGGGGAGCUUCACGCAGGGGGCGGAGGUAGGGGAGGUGGGUUUUUACGACACGGACGGUUCAUACGGGCGGUCGCCGUCGCUGCCCAUGCCACUGCUGGAGCCCGGCGACUGGCAGCAGCGGGGGGAUCGGCCGGACAGUGCUGGGGGAUGUUGCGAAGACGACGAGGGUGUGAAUUGUGGGAGUGGCGCUGUGUGUGGUUCCCCCGCGGAAGGCGGUUCGCGGCGGUUCGAGGAGGAGGAGGACCAGGGCCAGGGCGGAAAUUUGUUAGUGGAUGGUGGCUUGAGAGAUGUGGGCACGAGACCGAGCGGGAGCUGGGAGGCGCCGCGCGAAUGCGUUGUCGCGGAGUGCAGCGCCGGGGCGCCCCGAUCGCGGGUGGUCUUGGAGGCAGGCAACCCGGACAGGGGUCGAUGUAUAGGCGCCGGGGAGGGGGAAAGCAGGGGACGACAUGGGGGUGCAGGGGGGGAGGAGGGGCUAGGGGCGACCAUGUCCGGAGCCGGGGUGGCUGUGGUGAUGGAGGGCGGGCCCUUAGGACCCCCAGGUCCUCUAUUUAGUGGCACUUAG